AAUGAUGCAUUUUUAGAGAAGCCAAGCCAAAGGAUACGAACCGAAUGUUCACUACAUGCACGAAGUUCGAGAUACAGCUCCUUCCAACGGCGGAUUUCUUGGCAACGGACCUUCCUUGAGCCAUUGAUUGACUCCGGCUGGAAGGUUUCUUCUGACCGUGAUGCGAUUUUUAAGGAGUUCAAAUUUAAAGAUUUUAAUGAGGCGUUUGGUGUGCUCACAAGAGUUGCUCUUAUGGCGGAAAAAAUGGACCAUCAUCCAGAGUUCUUCUGCAUAUACAGAACGGUCAAAUUUACACUAAUGUCUCAUGACGUUAACGGCUUAUCGACUCGGGACAUUAAGCUAGCAAAGUUUAUCGACGAAGCAAGUGGAUCAGCAACAAUUUGCUGA